GCUAUGGUAACCGGCCUGGCGGUCAGGCCGAGCCCUCCAUUUACAUUAUGCAAAGUCCCAUCCUGGCGGGUUUGAGAGGGAAAGCUAAAAACCCCGGGGGCAGCCGUGGGGGCCGCCUCCCCGGAAAUGCACCUGGGGCGGUUUCUGCAGCAGGGUUCCUGCACAGGAGCCCCGGUAUUGGCGUUGUAAACAAAACCGGCCUAUUUGCAUGCCCUCUGUUUGCAUGCAUUUGUCUUUGGACUACAGAGCGCAACCCUGGGUUCUAGGUAAUCAAGUGAAACCUGGAGGAUCCGCUUAAAAUUUCCGAAUCAGAAAACUGGGAGCUGGGGGAAGGGGGUUCAACUCAAAGCCACGCCCCAUCCAGUAAACUGAGGCCCAGGUAAAAGGACUCCAAAACCCGCAGCUCCCUGAGAGCAGCCCCUCGCUCACGUCCCCUCCCUGCCUCGCCCCGAACAAGACUCUGAGUCGGCACCAGUGCGAGGUCCAGAGAGGAAGGGUCGCCAUGCCGCCGGGUUUUGCAUCCCUGCCGUCACCCCACCCAGUUCCUGAGUGGGACCGCGGCCCGGAAAGCCUUGCAGAAGGCAUGAAGUGGCGCUGCACCUCGCAGCGGCCGCCUGUCAUUCUCCUUCACCAGCCCAGCCCGGCGGCCCAGGAGCGCCCGCCAGCAUGUUCUUGGGGGCAGCCGGCCUGGUGGGCCUGCAGCUGUCCAUCUUCUGUUGCUGGGCGUUCAGCUGUCACACAAUGGAGCCCUCUCCCGACUUCAGCCUCCCCGGGGAUUACAUCAUCGGGGGCUUGUUCCCGCUUCAUUCUGUCUUUGUGGACCUGAGAAGCACACCUGGGGUGACCCUAUGUGACAGGCCCAACAGCUUCAACAGCCAUGGCUACCACCUCUUCCAGGCCAUGCGGUUUGGCAUCGAGGAGAUCAACAACUCCACAUCCCUGCUGCCCGGUGUGGCCCUGGGGUAUGAGCUGUACGACGUGUGCUCAGAGUCGGCCAACGUGUAUGCGGCGCUGAGGCUGCUGUCCCGGCAGGGGACACACCACAUAGACAUCCAAGAAGACCUGUCUCGCUCCUCCCCCAGGGUGGUGGCCGUGAUUGGACCCGACAACAGCAACUGGGCCACCACCACUGCCAUCCUGCUGAGCCCCUUCCUGGUGCCCAUGAUCAGCUAUGAAGCCAGCAGCACGGCGCUCAGCAUGAAGUGGCAGUACCCCUCCUUCCUGCGCACCAUCCCCAGCGACAGGCACCAGGUGGAGGCCAUGCUGCUGCUGCUGCUGCGGUUUGGCUGGGUCUGGAUCUCGCUGGUGGGCAGCGAGGGCAACUACGGGCAGCUGGGGGUGCAGGCGCUGGAGGACCAGGCCACUGAGAGGGGCAUUUGCAUUGCCUUCAAGGACAUUGUGCCCUUCUCUGCCCAGGCGGGUGACGAGAAGAUGCAGAACAUGAUGCAGAACCUGGCCAGGGUCAGGACCACUGUUGUGGUUGUUUUCUCCAGCAGGCAGUCGGCCAAGGUGUUCUUUGAGUCUGUGGUGCUGGCCAACCUGACCGACAAGGUGUGGAUUGCCUCAGAAGAGUGGGCCAUCUCCUCAAACGUUGCCAAGGUGCCCCGGAUCUGGGGCAUCGGCACGGUGCUGGGUGUGGCCAUCCAGCAGAGGCUUGUCGUGGGCCUGAAGGAGUUUGAAGAGGCCUAUGUCCGGGCAGAGAAGGGGGCCCCCAGGCCAUGCCCCAGCGGUUCCUGGUGCAGCAGCAAUCAGUUCUGUAGAGAGUGCUCAGCUUUCACAGCAGACACGAUGCCCCAGCUCGGAACCUUCUCCAUGAGUUCUGCCUACAACGUGUACCGGGCUGUGUACGCCGUGGCCCACGGCCUCCACCAACUCCUGGGCUGUUCCUCCAGGGCCUGCUCCCUGGGUCCAGUCUACCCCUGGCAGCUUCUGGAGCAGAUCCGGAAGGUGAAUUUCCUUUUACGUGAGGACACUGUGACCUUUGAUGAGGAAGGGGAUCCCCUCAGCAGCUAUGACAUAAUUGCCUGGGACUGGAGUGACCCACAGUGCACCUUCAGGGUCAUUGGCUCCUCCACGUGGCCUCCAGUUCGGCUGGACAUAAAUGUGACCAAGAUCCAGUGGCACACAGAGGACAACCAGGUGCCCGAGUCCGUGUGCUCCCGGGACUGCCUGGAAGGCCACGCACAAGUGGUCCUGGGUUUCCACCACUGUUGCUUUGAGUGUGUACCGUGUGAGGCCGGAACCUUCCUCAACAAGAGUGACCCCAACACGUGCCAGCCUUGUGAGAAAGAAGAGUGGGCACCAGAGGGGAGCCAGACCUGCUUCCCGCGCACUGUGGUGGUUUUUACCUGGCAUGAGCCCAUCUCUUGGGUGCUGUUGGCGGCGAACACACUGCUGCUGCUGCUGCUGGUUGGGACUGCUGGCCUGUUUGCCUGGCACCUCGACACCCCUGUGGUGAGGUCAGCGGGGGGCAGGCUGUGCUUCCUCAUGCUGGGCUCCCUGGCAGGGGGCAGCUGUGGCCUCUAUGGUUUCUUUGGGGAGCCCACUCUGUCCAGGUGCUUGCUGCGCCAGGCCCCCUUUGCCCUAGGUUUUGCCAUCUUCCUGUCCUGCCUGACAAUCCGCUCCUUCCAACUGGUCUUCAUCUUCAAGUUUUCUGCCAGAAUACCCACGUUCUACCACGCCUGGGUCCAAAACCAUGGUGCCAGCCUGUUUGUGGUGAUCAGCUCAGUGGCCCAGCUGCUUAUCUGUAUGACUUGGCUGAUGGUGUGGACCCCGCGGCCCACCAGGGAAUACCAGCGCUUCCCCCAGCUGGUGGUCCUUGAGUGCACCGAGCCCAGCUCACCGGGCUUCAUGCUGGCUUUUGCCUACAAAGGCCUCCUCUCCGUUAGCGCCUUUACCUGCAGCUACCUGGGCAAGGACCUGCCGGCAAACUACAAUGAGGCCAAAUGCAUCACUUUCAGUCUGUUCUUCAACUUCGUGUCAUGGAUUGCCUUCUUCACCACUGUCGGCGUGUACGAGGGCAAGUACCUGCCCGCCGUUAACAUGCUGGCCCAGCUGAGCAGCCUGAGCGGCAGCUUCAGCGGCUACUUCCUCCCCAAGUGCUAUGUGAUCCUCUGGCGCCCAGACCUCAACAGCACCCAGCGCUUCCAGGCCUCCAUCCAGGAGUAUACGAUCCGCCGCCGCUCCUUCUGACCGGGGACUGUAAGGUUCUCCUGUCGAGCAGAGGGCGAGGGUCCUGGGGGUUCCCGGAGGCUUUGGGGCUCCUCAGCCCGGGCUUGGGAUGUGUAAAUCCACAGCCCAGGCUUCGGGCUGCUAAUAAAGGAGUGACAGUGU